AUGGUAAUAAAGAUGAUUAGAAAGUCUAUUUUAUAUAUUAGUCUAUUUGAGUUACUUUAUAUAUUAAUAUUAACUAUAGGUAAAUUGCUUUGGUCUCAGAAACCUUCAAUGAAAUUUAAAAAUAUGGACAUCUAAUUCUUUUGGAGAGAUAAAGACUUCUAUUUUUGA